GCUGUGUCGCGGCGGGGCCGGCCCGGUGCCAGCGGCAGCGCCCGCGCCGUGCGGGCGACACGCGCGUCUCUGCGGGGCUGCGCGGGGUCCGCGGAGCGGCUGGGGGCGCGCGGCGCGGGCGCGGCGCUGGGCGCGGGGGGCGCUCCCGGCCGGGAUGAGCUCACCGCAGUCGCGCCGGGGCUAAGCGCCGAGCCGGGCGGCGGCUCCGCGGCGGGCCGCGCGCCACCAUGCUGGGCCUGGACGCGUGCGAGCUGGGGGCGCAGCUGCUGGAGCUGCUGCGGCUGGCGCUGUGCGCCCGAGUUCUCCUGGCCGACAAGGAGGGUGGGCGGCUGGUCGCGGCGUCCGAGGAGGAGGAGGAGGAGGAGGUGCUGGAUGAGGCAGUGCCGGGGUACCGGGCCCCGAGCCAGAAGAGCCUGAUGGAGAUCCUGCAGCUGGACCCCGGGGACACCAGCCUGGCCACGUACAAGCGGGUGCUGCUGGGGCCCCUGCCGCCUGUUGCGGACCCCAGCCUGCCCCAAGUGCAGGUGAUGCGGCUGACGCUGCUGUCGGAGCAGGCCCCAGGGCCCGUCACCAUGGACCUCACAGGCAACCUGGCUGAGCUGAAGGACCAGGUGUUUGUGCUGAAGGAGGGUGUCAACUACAGGGUGAAAAUCACCUUCAAGGUCAACAGGGAGAUUGUCAGCGGGCUCAAGUGUGUCCAUCACACCUACCGGCAUGGCCUGCGCGUGGACAAGGCCGUCUGCAUGGUGGGCAGUUAUGGCCCCCGGGCAGAGGAGUACGAGUUUGUGACAGCUGAGGAGGAGGUGCCACGGGGCCUGCUGGCGCGGGGUCCCUACGUCGUGUGUUCGCUGGUCACUGAUGAUGACAGGACCAGACACCUGUGCUGGCAGUGGGGCCUCCUCAUCGGCCGGGCCUGGGAGGACUGAGUCCCCAGGCUGCACCUGCUUGCGGUCCUGUCUCCCCACCUCUUCCAGUGGCUGCCCAGGGACCCCCACUCCACCCCAGCGCUCCCCACCCCCUUGAUCCGAGACCCAGCCCCCGACCCACUGCUGUGCCCCGAACAGCUCUAUUAAACGUCACCCUGUCUGCGUGC